CCCGGGCGAGCACCGGAGGGGAGGCGGGGAGAGGGGUAGGGGACUUGGAGGAGCUUGAGCUCGCUACUAAUGGCGGAGAGCGACGGCGGCGAGGCGAGCCCUGGCCCUGGUUCCCGGGCCGGCGGUGGGGCGAGCCCCGACCCGCGCCCGCCGCGGCCGCAGCUGACCAAGUCACGCACAAUCUCCGGCUCCGCCGCGGCGUCCUUCGCGGCCGCCGACAGAGGAGGAGGAGGAGGCGGCGGUGGUGGAAGGGACAGCAUCCUCGUCCGCCGCUCCUCCACGGCGCCCCUCCCUCCUCCUGCGGCGGCUGCGGGGGCGGCCCCGGCGCCGCGCCGGCUCACCGUGGCCGUGGACGACCCCUCUUACGCGGCGCCCAACGGCGGCGUGCUGGACCGCGACUGGUGCUACCCGUCGUUCCUCGGACCGCACGCCUCGCGGCCGCGGCCGCCGCGGCAGCAGCAGCAGACCCCGACGAGUGCCGACCGCCGGAACAGUACUAACCCCACCGUGCCGCCGAGGGUGGCGGUCUCGCAGAGGGAGGAGGAGAAGAUCCUUGCGUCCGUGGUGAAGCGUCCGCCGCUGCUCGAGGAGCGGAGGCCGCUGCCGCCUCCACCUCCGCUGCCGCGCGCUCCGCGAUUUGAUCUCUCUCCGUACCUCCCACUCCUGCUGGUCGUAACCGUCACAAGCUCUGCCCUGGCUAUUUGGCAGUGGAUAGAAGUUAUGGCACUUCAGGAGAAGAUCAGAUCAUGCAGUGAUGAUAAUCCUGUGGACAGUGUGGGAACUGCAAAGAUGUCUUGGAUUGACAGGGACCAUGGCUCUGCUGUUAUCAAUUCUGGGAACUGGAAUCUAGCUCCUUCUAGCACAAUUCUUGCUUUUGCAGUACCAUUGUUCCUGUUUAAAUAUGUUGAUCAGCUCCGACGGAGACAAGCAAAUUCUAUGAGGGUGAGAAGUAGCGAGGAAGAAGUGCCUCUCAAGAAGAGGAUUGCUUAUAUGGUUGAUGUGUUCUUCUCAGGGCACCCGUAUGCGAAGCUUCUUGCCCUCCUGUUAGCCACCAUAAUUCUCAUUGCUUCAGGUGGGAUUGCACUGUAUGCUGUUAGUGGCAGUGGAUUCCUGGAGGCUCUUUGGCUUUCUUGGACUUUUGUGGCAGAUUCGGGAAACCAUGCCGACCAGGUUGGCCUGGGACCGAGGAUUGUGUCCGUAUCAAUUAGCUCUGGGGGCAUGCUGGUGUUUGCCACAAUGCUUGGGCUCGUUUCAGAUGCGAUAUCAGAGAAGGUGGAUUCUUGGCGUAAGGGGAAAAGUGAGGUGAUAGAGAUCAACCAUAUACUAAUCCUCGGAUGGAGUGACAAACUGGGCUCUCUUCUGAAGCAGCUAGCUAUAGCAAAUAAGAGUAUUGGUGGUGGUGUAGUUGUUGUUCUGGCAGAAAGAGACAAGGAAGAGAUGGAGAUGGACAUAGCAAAGCUAGAAUUUGAUUUUAUGGGAACAUCUGUAAUAUGUAGGAGCGGCAGCCCUCUAAUUCUAGCAGAUUUGAAGAAGGUUUCUGUUUCUAAAGCACGUGCUAUUAUUGUUUUAGCAUCUGAUGAAAAUGCAGACCAAAGUGAUGCACGAGCUUUGCGAGUGGUGCUGAGUCUGACUGGAGUCAAAGAGGGUCUAAGGGGCCAUGUUGUUGUAGAGAUGAGUGAUCUUGACAAUGAACCUUUAGUAAAACUGGUCGGAGGUGAACUAAUCGAAACAGUUGUUGCCCAUGAUGUGAUUGGACGUUUGAUGAUACAGUGCGCACUCCAACCUGGCCUGGCACAGAUAUGGGAAGAUAUAUUGGGAUUUGAAAAUGCAGAGUUUUAUAUUAAACGAUGGCCAGAAUUGGAUGGCAUGCGAUUUGGGGAUGUCUUGAUCUCAUUUCCUGAUGCGGUAUCCUGUGGAGUCAAGGUUGCUUCAAAAGGCGGAAAGAUCUUAAUGAACCCGGAUGAUGACUAUGUUUUAAGAGAAGGUGAUGAGGUCCUUGUUAUAGCAGAAGAUGAUGAUACUUAUGCUCCUGCCCCCCUACCAGAGGUGAAUAAGGGUUUUUUGCCUAACAUACCGACCCCUCCUAAAUAUCCAGAGAAAAUUUUGUUCUGUGGUUGGCGCCGUGAUAUCCAUGAUAUGAUAAUGGUUCUGGAAGCAUUUCUUGCUCCAGGUUCUGAAUUAUGGAUGUUCAAUGAGGUGCCAGAGAAGGAGAGGGAGAUAAAGCUGACUGACGGUGGUUUGGAUAUUUGUGGAUUAACAAACAUUAAACUUGUACAUAAAGAAGGGAAUGCUGUCAUCAGGCGGCACUUAGAAAGCUUGCCUCUGGAGACAUUUGACUCGAUUUUAAUUCUUGCAGAUGAAUCAGUGGAGGAUUCCAUUGUACAUUCUGAUUCACGUUCAUUAGCUACACUUCUUCUAAUUCGUGAAAUUCAGUCUAAGCGUCUUCCAUCCAAGGAGCUAAAAUCACCUCUCCGUUACAACGGCUUCUGUCACAGCUCCUGGAUUAGGGAAAUGCAGCAUGCAUCUGACAAAUCUAUAAUCAUCAGCGAAAUACUGGACUCCAGAACAAGAAACCUUGUAUCUGUCUCCAAAAUCAGUGAUUACGUUCUAUCUAAUGAACUUGUAAGUAUGGCACUAGCAAUGGUAGCUGAAGACAAGCAAAUAAAUAGAGUUCUUGAAGAACUUUUUGCCGAGGAGGGCAACGAGAUGUGCAUUCGAUCUGCCGAAUUUUACCUGUACGAGCAAGAGGAAUUGAGUUUCUUCGAUAUAAUGGUUAGAGCUCGUGAGAGAGAUGAGAUUGUGAUUGGCUACCGCCUUGCUAACACUGACCAGGCAAUCAUUAACCCAGAACAUAAGUCUGUGAUUAGGAAGUGGUCACUAGAUGAUGUCUUCGUUGUCAUCUCGAAAGGUGACUAAUUUUCAAGGGCAUCUCACUUUUUUUGUGUAAGUGUAUAUUCUAAUGCUAAUCCAUGCUAAUUGAAAUGAUAACUGGUCAAAGAUACAUAAAAGUACGAUCCUGAUCCAAACAAUUAGCUCUGUA